GGGGGCGGGCGCGGCGGCGGCGGCAGCGCGGAGCGGAGCCGAAGUGCCACGAUGACGGCGAACGGAACGGCGGAGCCGGUGCAGAUCCAGUUCGGGCUGAUCAACUGCGGCAACAAGUACCUGACGGCGGAGGCGUUCGGCUUCAAGGUGAACGCGUCGGCCGCCAGCAUGAAGAAGAAGCAGAUCUGGACGCUGGAGCAGGACGGGGAGGAUUCCAGCGCGGUGCUGCUCAAGAGCCACCUGGGCCGCUACCUGGCAGCCGACAAAGACGGCCGCGUGAGCUGCGACAGCGAGGAGCCGGGCCCCGACUGCCGCUUCCUGGUGGUGGCCCACGGCGACGGGCGGUGGUCGCUGCAGUCCGAGCCGCACCGCCGCUUCUUCGGCGGCACCGAGGACCGCCUGUCGUGCUUCGCCCCGUCCGUGUCCCCCGCCGAGAAGUGGAGCGUGCACCUGGCCAUGCACCCCCAGGCCAACCUCUACAGCCUGGCCCGCAAACGCUACGCGCACCUGGGGCCGCGCCGCGACGAGCUGGCCGUGGACCGCGACGUGCCGUGGGGAGUGGACGCGCUCAUCACGCUGCUCUUCGUGGAGCAGCGCUACAGCCUGCAGAGCUGCGACCACCGCCUGCUGCGGGCCGACGGCCGCCUGGUGCCCUCCGCCGAGCCCGGCACCGCCUUCACGCUGGAGUUUCGCUGCGGGAAAGUGGCGUUCCGCGACGGGGAGGGCCGCUACCUGGCGCCGUCGGGGCCCAGCGGGACGCUGAAGGCGGGGAAGAGCAGUAAGGUGGGGAAGGAUGAGCUGUUCGCGCUGGAGCAGAGCUGCCCGCAGGUCGUGCUGCGCGCUGGGAACGACCGGAACGUGUCCACCCGGCAAGGGAUGGACCUGUCAGCCAACCAGGACGAGGAGGGCGACCAGGAGACCUACCAGCUGGAGAUCAACAAGGACACCAAGAAAUGCGCCUUCCGCACCUACACGGGCAAGUACUGGACCCUCACCUCCAACGGGGGCAUCCAGUCCACCGCCUCCACAAAGAACGCCAGCUGCUACUUCGACAUCGAGUGGUGUGACAAGCGCAUCACCCUGCGGGCUGCCAACGGCAAAUACGUGACAGCAAAGAAGAACGGGCAGCUGGCAGCCUCCAUGGAGACAGCAGGUGAGACGGAGCACUUUGUGAUGAAGCUGAUCAACAGACCCAUCAUUGUGCUGCGUGGUGAGCACGGCUUCAUUGGCUGCCGGAAAGUGACCGGCACCCUGGACUCCAACCGCUCCUCCUAUGAUGUCUUCCAGUUGGAGUUCAAUGAUGGAGCCUACAACAUCAAGGAUACCACUGGGAAGUACUGGAUGGUGGGCAGUGAGUCGUCCGUCACCAGCAGCAGCGAUACGCCCGUGGACUUCUUUUUUGAGUUCUGCGACUAUAACAAAGUGGCCAUCAAAAUCAAUGGCAAAUACCUGAAGGGUGACCACGCCGGGGUGCUCAAGGCAUCCGCCGACACCAUCGACGCCUCCACCCUCUGGGAAUAUUAAUGCACUUUAGCGUACCUCCCAUUGCCAACCUCUCUUUCCCCUGUCUUUUUUUGUUUGUUUGUUUUAUUUUGGGUUGGUUUUUUUUUUUUUGGUUUAAUUUCUCCUCUCUGUACAAGGAUUUCCAGCCUGGCUUGCCCUCCCCAUAGAGCCCAGUGUGUGGUGUUGGAGGUGGUCUCCCUUCAUCUCGUUAGGAACUGGAUCAGUCGCCCAGCAGUGCGGUGCAGCCUAUCAUUCCAAAGGGGUAUUUCCCCCCAUCUCUGCUCAGGGGCUGCCGUGCCCAGCCUGGCCCCGAGCAUCACCUCAGCCCUUCUAUUUUCCCUUCCCCUAUCGGAAAAAAAAGAAACAAAAAAGAAGGAAUAAAGUCACCUCUGUGCUCCCCUCUGCCAUACCCUCACUCUGUGCCCCGAGCUCCCCGUGGGGCUGUGCCCCUGUUCCUGUCCCCAGCAGCAGGUCUGUGCCCCACAUUGGUGACAGGAGGACAGGGUGGGGGCACGCAGCCCCCGUUCCUUCCCCAUUUCUGGGCACGGGCACCAGCUGGCAGCAAACCUGCAGAUACCGGUUUGCAGAACAGACAAAUUCCUUCGCAAACUUUGCACAGUGAGAUUUGCUCAGUACUUUUUUUUUUUGGGUUUUUUUUUUUUUUUUUUUCCUCAUUGAAUACUGGAACAGUGAUGCCAAUCACUGCGCGCCCACUGCCGGGCUGGGGGGCUCCUGUGGGCUCCUCCCGAGCUGCGGCCGCGUGCCACCUCCUGACUGGAAACAGAAAAAAAGAAUAAUGACCAAAACAGUAUUUUUGUUAGCCUCUAUUUAUACACGCUGUCGGCAGCACUGUGUUCUGCACUCGGUGGAACGGUGCUGGUGAUGCCCGGCUGUUCCUCAUGGCGUUGGGGUGCUUUAUCCUCCGGCCUCCCCGCGGACACCGCAGCGCCUUUCACCCCCAGCCCCAACCUGAGGCUGCUGGCGGUGCCACCGCUGUGCCAUAACCCGGGGCUCUGCAGCCUUAAAGCUCUGCGACCCCUCCAGCAGGGCUUGGUGCUACGCUCCCACCGCCCCAUCCCCAGCAUAGGGGCACCGCCCGGCUCCAGCACCCGCUGCCUCCCAAGGAAGAAAUGUGCUGAUGGAGCCCGAGUGGCCCCGUGCCCUGGCACACACACUGCUGCCUUCGCACCCGCUGUGUCUCCUUCGUGUCCCCCCACCCCGCUCUGCCUCUGUGUGACUUUAGGUCCUCACCUCCUGUCUCCUCUCCUCGGGUGUUGUGACCCUCCGUAAGCAUCUCACUCUGAAAUUUAAGUCUGGGGGGGUUUUUUGUUCGUUUUGGGGUGUUGGUUUUAGUACUUUUUUUUUUUUCCUAAUUAUUAUUAUUAUUUUUUUUUUUGUAAGUGCCAUUUGUAUAACUUAAACGACAACAAAAAUAGCUUCAACUGGAGAAAGAUGAAUAAUAAAAAAAACAAGACCUGCAUUCGGAUACGAGUGGCGACGCGUGGUCUGUUGGGGCUCGGGGGGUCCUCACCCCAUUGGCAUCUGUGGGGCACAGCCUGGCAGCUGGAGCUGUGGGUUUGGGGUCAGGCAGCGCAGCCCAGGCCUCGGGGUGAGAAUGGUACCCACUGGCUCCUUCCUCUGGCCUCAGAGCCAUCGCUGGAUGGAGGCUGGGGUCGUUCUGUGAUGCCCAGCAGCCCCCAGGAUGCUCCAGAGCCAGUGUGGGUCAGAGCUGCUCCUCCUGGGUGAUGGGGAGAUACAAAAAGGAGGAAAAAAAAGCAGAUCUGUGCAGCACAUCCCAGAGCGGGUGUGGGACCCCAUCCUGCAAACAAGGGCUGAGCAGAGGAAGGAUGCGAUUCCGCUGUUAUAAACAAAGCAGAAAUUAAAGCUGUGCAGGAAACGUCAGCACUUCUCGCCUUCAGCCCCGCGCCCCACUGAGCCCUGCUCACACCUCCUGGUUUCCAUUUACAGGAGCGACUGGAAACCAUUUUCUAUUCCAUUUCUCCCGACAGCAUUUGGAGAGCGUUAAGCUGGGGGAGGCCGUGUCUGCUCCCCCCCCAUCCCAUAAGCACAGCCUGGAGCUGGAAGCCAGAGUGCACAGAUUUAUUUACAAAAACAACAACAAAAAAUUUUUCAAAUUACAUUAUAAUACAGGGAAACUCUGUACACACGGAAUAGGAGAACGGUUUUACUACCAGAAGGUAAAGAAAAAUAUUUAUUUAUUUUAUUUCAAUAAACCAACCUAUUUGCUUUCGGCUAUCGUUAUACAAAGUUGCAGAACAUGCACAUCUUUACAGGGUUUCUUUCUUUUAAUAGGACGUUUUGCUAAGUGCAAAUACUAAGUUUCUCUCCCCACCUUUAAGGCAAGUUAAACGGGACACCGCAAUUAACCAUAAUGAGUACCUGGUAGAGGAUGCAGCCACGGCUCCUCCAGGACGAGGGGACACAGCCAGGGGCUCUGCUGGCCGUGCAGAGCUUUGCUUUUGUAACAGAGCGACCCAAACCAGCAAUGGACUCAAACAUGACCAGGAACCAUUGCUGGGCAUCUCCCAGGCCAGAGGGAAGGAGCAGCCCAAGCACACAGCACCAUGGUUCUGAAGGAGAACAGCCCAUCCCUGCCCCUCUCCUGAACCCUCCAGGGCUGUUCCUGCAGUGUGACAUCGCUCUGGGGCAGCAGGAUGAACUCUGUGCCCCAGGAGGUGGUGGUGCUGACCCACAGACAUGGGGACGGACCCCAGGCACCACCCACCCCAUGCCACCUCCAGUGCCACCUCACCACUUCUGUCCCUUUUUCUCCAUCCCCGAGCUUCUCCCUGCCCAGGCUGAGAUCCCAAUACGGCCACGCAUCUCUGCAAAGCAUCAAAAGGGGGAACAGGAGCCCGACUUCUGCUAUCACAGCACUGCCUGUGCAUGUGAGGACAUGGCUGCUGCAGGAGAGCAGCAAAGGGUGCAACUGCCUGCGAAAGCUCCUGCAGUGCUGCACCAAUGCAGAGCAAAUGCAGCCAGAUGAGAGCUGCAGCACAGCACUGAGUGCCACCUCCGUCCCCAGCACAGAGGCACUGAGCACCCGUCACCCACCUGUCACAGAGAGGUGGGCAGAUCUCAGCAACUCAAGCACAUUGGCCCCAGGGCUGUCUUCAGGAAUAGACUAAGAAGGAAAAAUUUAAAAAAAAAAAAAAAGUGGCAGCAGCAAGUAAAUGCUACUGGGUUAUUAAUGCUAGAGACCAUGGCACUGAGGGGUGGGAACACUUGGUAGGAUGCAUUCAACCCACAGGAAAUGUCUGAGAGCAGAGACUGGACUCUGAAAGGCAAGGAAGUGCUACCUGAAAAACAAACACAGCACAGGGACAUCGGGAUGCUGGAACGUGGGGGAAAGCAGGAUGCAGCACAGCCCAAACAACCCGGGAUCCACUGCACAGGGGUGGGUAAGAGCCAGCACAGAGCUCCUGCUGGGUUUGUCCCUCCAAACGCUUUGCUGCUUUUGGGGGUGCUGUCCCAGACACAAAGCACAGCCCCUGUGUGCAGAACACACUGGUGGUUACCAACACUUACACCACAGCACACGUCACACACAGCUGUCUAUUACCUAUCCCUAUCCUGACUGCUGGUGGGGAUUUGGGAUGCCUGCACGAGAACAGCAAAAGAAAGGCCAUGUGCUGGAAGCUGGGGGGCAGCUCCCUGCUGGGAACGAACACCUGAGCCUGCAGAAGGGGCAAACUGUGCUCUCAGGGAUCGAGGUGGCUGAGUUUUCUGCUUCCUGGAGCCCUGAGAUGGGAUGUGGCUCUGGGCUGCUGAACUGAGCAAUGAUAUGGCUGCUGCAUCCCCUCACUCCUUGCAGAGCGAGAAAUGCUAAAUACACUACAUUAACUUGGUUUGGAACAAUUUAUUUCUGCUGGGAGGUGUUAGCAGGUUACAGGGAUGCUGGAGAACAUGGGAACCCCAAACCUUGGGCUUAGGGCAGCCGAGUCCCAUUACCUCGUUCCUGAAGGUCUUACUCAGAUGCCAAGUCCCUCCUCCCUUCCUGCAGGACUCAGGCUGUUGCAGCUGCUCUGGCCAGCAGGAAGGUUGGAGUUUUGGAAGACUCCCAAGGAUCUUUUGCAUCCCCUGUGCUCCACAAGUCUCAUUUUCCCUCUCAGCAGCUGUCUGAAUAGUCUUUGCCAAAUAAAAAAAAAAAAAAAAA